CCCUCCUCCGUUCGUUGAGUUCUGCAACAUCCUGACUGGCCUAGGCUGACAAAUGCAGGCAGCAAGCAGCAAGCCCCCUCAAGACGGAUGAUCUAGCCGCCUUCCUCCACCCCCUUUACUUUUAUUUCUUCUCCAUUUCGAGGAGACUAUUGGCUGUGUGAAGCGGACACAAGAUCAAGCAUGGGGAUCAAGGCUGGCCUCCCCAGAUAUGAGCUGUAUCUCUACAUUGCCGUACUCGCCGGGGCUUUGGCAUGGGCUGCCAGUUGGAUAGUUGAGGCUUCAAGCGAAAAUGUCAGCAGAAAGGCAUUCAGGGGAAGUGUAAAACCAGGAUGGUAUUACUUUGGCAGGAAAAUGGACGUUGCCGACUUUGAAUGGGUGAUGUGGUUCUCGACAUUCCGCAAUCACAUUCUUUUUGCUCUCAGCGGCCACGUGAUUUUUGCCAAAAUCUUCACCUUGCUGGCCCCAAAGAUUGGUAUGGAUGGAUGUAAGCACAGAUCGCUCGUCUUCUGCGCGUACGGUAUUUCGGCGGUCCUGGUCACGAUGGGCUGGACUUUCACGGCUUUAGUUCUGUCUCACUGCACCGUACUGUACGGCGUCGCUGUGUUCAAGACCAAAUGGAUGUGCUUGGCCGCAGGCCUGGCCACACUCGCCUCCAUCAAGCUGGAGCCCUACAACUCUUGGCAGGAAACAUUGGUGAGCGGCUCUUUUCACCUGCAAGACGUCCUCUUUUACGGCGGCUGCGGCUUCACCAUCAUGCGUUGUAUGAGCUUUGCUUUGGAGAACUGUGAGAAGAAAGAGGGCAACUACACGUUCUGUGACCUGCUGAAAUACAACUUCUACCUGCCCUUCUUCUUCUUUGGGCCCGUCAUGACCUUUGACAAGUAUCACGCACAGGCCAACGACACCAAGCUGACCCGCAAAGAGAGGGAGAUGUGGAACAUCACCGCCAAGGCCGUGUUGCACCUGGCGGCGAUCCUGACGGUGGAUGCUGCAUUCCACUAUCUCUACAUUUUGACAAUCCCCGGUGACAUGAAGUUGGUCUCCCGACUUUCUGACUGGUGUCUAGCCGGACUGGCUUACUUCAACCUGGUGUACGACUGGUUAAAAGCGGCCGUGAUGUUUGGCGUCAUUAACACGGUGGCAAGACUGGACCACCUCGACCCCCCUCAGCCUCCUAAAUGCAUCACAAUGCUAUACGUCUUUGCCGAGACGCACUUUGACAGAGGCAUCAACGACUGGCUCUGCAAGUAUGUUUACGACUACAUUGGCGGAGAUCACGAUAAAAUCCUCAAGGAGCUCCUGGCCACCGUGAGCACCUUUGCGAUCACCGCGCUAUGGCUCGGCCCGUGUGAACUGGUUUAUAUCUGGUCCUUUUUCAACUGCUUCGGCCUCAACUUUGAGCUUUGGGUGGCCAAGUUUUUCUCUAUUUCGCCAUUUUCUACCAUAGAGGGCUUGAUGGGUGAAGCCAUGUCACGUAGAAUUCGGGGUCUGUUCAACGCUGCCAAUUUCUGGGCCAUUAUCCUCUACAAUGUUCUUUCCUUGAACAGUUUGGAAUUUGCCAAGUUGGUUGGAAGAAGACUGAUUUUCAAAGGCUUUCCCCUGUCUACCAUCUCUGUGCUCUUGGUGACCUACUGUGGCGUGCAGCUGGUCAAAGAGCACGAAAGACGGCAAGCGCUGCUGGAAGACGCGCAGCCCGUCAAGCCACUUGAUGGCGACAAAGAAAAGGCAGAAUAAUCAGAUGCCAAAGUCAAGGCCUCCCAACGUUUGUUCCAUCUUGCGGCCUUCAGAACACAACCGGACUUUAAGAGCCAGGCUGUAGUGUUUUGCUAUCGUUAGUCUGGCGUUUCCGUAAGUGCACUUUCUGGUGAUAAUCAUCACAGUGUUUGCCACAAAGACCCUUUGAUUUUAUUCAACUCCAAGUGCGAAUGUCUUCCACGGUAAUUCACACAACGUUUUUUAAAGGGCUAAAACAUGAAACCGAGUUGCCACUGACAGAGUGCAAUGAAGCAAGAUAAACACAAGAGGUGCUGUGGAGUCCUCCACGUUGCAUGCAGCUAAUUGUAUUUAUUCACAUCUGUUCCAGAGACUCAAAGCAUGCUUAGUUAUGUCGACCAAGAAUGUGUUGGAUCUUUUUGAAUAUGUACUGUCCCCACUGGAAAAUGAGAGCCACUGUCUUGACAAUGGGAGUUGAUUGCAGGAGUCACUUUUCUUCAAACCUCUUUUUUUUGCACACGUAGCAAUGAAGGGCAAUAAGCUAAUUCGAUUUGUACCCAAAGCCCUGGGGUGUUACCACCACGUUUACAUUGCCUUUUCUCGAUCGGCCUUUAGAACAAAGGAAAAAUAAAGUUUUGUUCCAUCUCGAAAUCAUCUGUUUCUUGGAGCACAAAGAGUUAAAAUGAGAUGCAGUUACCCGUGUUGUUCAGACGGACAGCAACAGCGAUUGUUUUCGAAUUCGAUCGAGUGACGUUGUUGUCACAGAAUCCGGCGUUGCCCUCUCUGACCACAAGAUGGCGUCGUUUAGGCAAAUUUGAUUACCGUCGUUGCACUCACCCAAUGACAUUAAACGAAACCUUUAAAGGCCAGACAAAUCCGCCGCUUAUUGAAUCUAUCCUUCUCUUCCGGUGACUCUGAACCCGAUUACCACAACCUCCUUUUCCAGUUUGCUGUGAAAGAUGACACCUUUGCCACGAAUUUGUGUUUUGUGUAUUUAUUUAAAAUUUCUCAAAACAACAAUUGUCCUUCACCCGUUUAGUUGUUCACAGUCAAAUUUAGAUUGGAAUUAUUGACAGUAAGCAAAGGUCUACAACAAUCUCAUAUUGAUUGGUAUUUCUUUUUUUGAACAUUAAACCUUGUCCUCCCAUGCCAAUGCUGCAAAUUGAAAAUGCCGUUUAGAAUCACCAUCAUUGUUCUUUGUUGAUCCCUGAAGGGAAACUCAUUUGACACUCUGCUGUGUAAUGCUCAAGUUGUUUGCAUCACACUACACAAGCAAUCAUUUCACACACUUGCAGGCAAGGGAGCCACGUCGGGGUAAUGGGGCAGCUCAGGUUUCUCUUUAUUGGCCUCUCUGAGGAGAAAUUUGUCAUAGAGCAAGGGGCAUUCAUGCAAUCAUACAUCAACAUCGCACCCCUCACACAUUAAAUCCGAUCAAAGCACUCUGUCUUAGCCAUCCA